UGUGGUAAAGGACUUGACCUCGGUUUCAGCACCAUUUUCAACUUCGAGACGAAAACCGUUACGGGUAUGGGCGAGCAGAAGCUCAGUCGAGAGUGCUACCUCGGAACGCAGCUGCCCAUCGACCGUUUCCUGACGUUCUACUACGGCCACCCCGGUUUUCACAUCCAUGACAUGCUGGUCAUCUCGUCCGUGCAGAUCUUCACGACGAUGCUUUACCUCGGAAUGCCCAAGGGUCAACUGAAGCUUUGCGAAUACACACCAUCUGGCGCGUUCAUCGGCGUGGCAGGCUGCUACAAUCUCAGCCCAGUGUUCCAGUGGAUCAACAGGCGUAUCAUCAGUAUCUUCUUGGUGUUCCUGAUCGCGUACUUGCGUCUGUUCUUGCAAGAAUUCGUUGAACGUGGUACCUGGAAGGCCGUUAUCCGUUUGAGGAAGCACUUUGCAUCCCUGUCACCCGCAUUUAAAGUCUUCUCAGUCCGGAUCUACUCACAUUCCAUUGCGAGCAACUUGACAUUUGGUGGAGCUCGUUAUAUCGCGACA